UAGAAUCGGAAUUUAUCAAAUUCAACUUGUUACCAAAAGAAUCCAAAAUGCAGCAACUAGUAAGCAAAAGAGUUUGGGCUUUUGUCUAAACGUUGUCUAAGAAUGUAUGAACAUUACUAGGGUUAACCAUAAGCCGUAUCCUUAACCAAAACCCCGUACUUCGUGUUCCCCUUUCAAGCUUUUCUUCCCUCUUCAAUGGCUGAUUGACAUCACCAAAACCCUCAAUCAGUCCUUUAAUCCCUAAUUUUAUUCAUUAAUCUCUAAUUUUCUUUCUCGAUUUUCGUCUUCAAGUGCUUCGAUGAUUUGAAGAUUCAAUUGAUUUUGAGAUUGUAUGGUGGUAACUUGAUAUUCUUCCAGACUCAAGCAACUGUAAUUAAAAGGUGGAGAAAUUCACCAAGUUUGGGCUGGAAAUUUAAGCAAAAUAGAAUGCUGGAUAAAUACCCUCUUCUUGAAACCGAGCAAGCAUUAGACUUGUGGCCGUUAAGUGAGAUCUAGAAUGGAGCAAACUGUUUCCGAAAGACCUUUGUAUCAGGAGCAGCAUAUCAGCCAACUCCAUACACAACCUAAUGGUACAGUAAGCAGCAACGGUGCUCAUUUGGAACGGGAUCCAGAAGAACGAUGGUGCCCCAGGAGAAUUAGUGGCGAUCAAUUAAGACAUGAUAAGGUUCAAAUGCCUUUAUGUCGUGACAACUUACGAGGCAACUGUACUCGUGGAGCAUUUUGUAGAUUUUUACACUCUGAAUCUGAUGAACAUGAUAGAUCUAGGUUCUGUCAGAAUGAGCCAGAAAAGUUGGGUGAUGUUUCAACCGUUGGAAACUCACAAUUAUAUAGAACAAAUGAAGAAGCUGGUUCCACAGCUAAAUUUUCAUCAAGAGGUCGCAGGUCUCCUUGCCGUAGAUUUCAGAGUGGAAGGUGCUACCGUGGAGUAUCUUGCCCAUAUUUGCACCCUGAAAUGCCCAGUUUUCAUAAUUCGAGAGUAGAGCAGCAGCAAGUAGACAGAGCAGUAAGAGAUCCUGGUUUUGAUGGAAGGAAUAGAGACAACUUUGGAAGGAUUUCUCUGGAACAUGUUGAAGCAAAUAAGGAAAAUAAUUCAACGAUCAUGUCUUUUUCAAGAGAAUGCAGGAGCAGAUCUCCUUGUCAGCAUUUCCUCAGAGGCAAAUGUGAUUUUGGAGCAUCAUGCAAACGUUGGCACCCAGUUAAUACAUAUGCCAGUUCCAGACAUGAUUUGAAUACUCAACAUCAAGGAAUUACAGAAACUUUUAAUUACCCUGGUUCUGGCGAAAGAAGUCGAGAUGUCACUUUGAGGACAUCUCAAGAGCAUGACAGAGAAAAUAUGCAUAAUCUUUUGAGAACUGGUGCUUUUUCGAGGGAGUCCAGGGAAAAAUCACCCUGCCGAAAUUACCUCAGGGGAAGAUGUUAUCGUGGAUCAUCUUGUUUACAUUUGCACCCUGUUACUGUGUAUGAUAGACCAAGGUCUGAUUCAUGGAGUGCUGAACAACGUCAAGUAGUUUCUGGAACUUCGAGAUCUCCUCAUUUCGUUGAUGGCAGUAUAGCUACCAAUUUCAGGAUAUCUCAAAGUCACGAUCACAAUAAUUAUGUAAACCAACCAUGUCGUGACACACAUGCUUUCUGUGAGCAAAACAAAGCAUGGUUGACAAAGGAUGGUGUGCAGUUGGCUGGUAGCAGAGAAGAAAUGGAUGUAAAUGCAAGAAGUUCGUCUUAUGAGAGGCAGAGAAACAGGUUGGCUGGUAAUUUUGGUUGUGACAAGCCAAUACGAGAGGUUUGCCUUCAGUUUACGAAGGGUAGAUGUACCCGUGGAGAACUGUGUAGAUAUCUCCAUGGAUUCCAUGAAUAUGCUACUUCUACCUACAACUGGAAUGAAAAACCAAACGCAGAAGCUGCUCGAGAUUCUGGGUAUUUUGGUGUGGCAAAUCAAUACGCCAAUACAACGACGGCUCAAGAUCCUGCUGGUUUCAAGAACUAUCAAAGUUCGUUAGGUGAAAGUAGUCUAAAAGCAUCUGAUGGUUGGUUUGACAUGCGACGUGUUGAUGGGCUCAGUUGUGAAGUUUCCGGAGAAAAAAAUAGGAGUUUUUGCAAUUCUGCUAAAGGACAUGAGAAUGUUAGUUUAUGGAGUCGGCCAUUCAAAAGGCAAAGAAGCAGGAGUAGGUCUCCCAUCAACUUACAAGAUGAUUUCCAUAGCCGGAAGUUUAGUAGAUGUGAUUCUCGGAUUGACUUAUAUGGAGGUAGGUCCCGCAAUGUUGCGCAAUUUCAGUAUCCAGAUCGUCGUUCUUAUAGGUAUGAGAAGCCUGUGUAUCACGUGAAUGGCCAACAGCGGACAUGUGAAGAAACUUCAGUGAACCCUCGCUCUUGUGAACAUUAUGACUCCAAGCUGAUUACACCUCAAAUGCAUGAAAAAGUGGUUACUCAAGGUUUGCAGCUUGAACAGCAUGCCAAUGGCGGUGUUGGUUCAAAUACUGUGAUUGUGGGGAUGAAAAAUGAAGCUGAUACUGUAAAAUGUGCUUUACAACCUAGUCAUACUAACCAAAAUGAAGAGAUAUUAGCAGCAGACAGUGUUGCAGUAGAUAGUUCAGAGGGGGCAGCUGCUACUCCUGCUAGUAGUCAAGAUGCUCUGGAGUUGGGCUCAACAUAUUCAGGUGGAAAGCACCUUAUUUCUCCAUCGGCUAGUGAUCGGACGAUAUUAGUACACGAAGCCAAUGCUGAAGCACCCAUUGAUUCGGGUCAGGAAGGUAAAGAUGAAACUGUAGAGUUGACACCAUCAAUAAAAACCUAUUGUAGGAAGAAGAGUAAAAAAAGGCAGCCUAUAUCUUGUGAAGAACCUACGAGAGAAGAGGUAAUUGAUGCCUCAAAACAGGGCGUGGAAUUCUGUUCUGUGGUAGACACUUCAUUGAGUAAGCCAAAUAUUGUGAAUGUUUCUAGCAUUCCAGUAGAUAUGGAGAUGAGUGCCACCAGAAAUAAUGGUUUGGAGAAUGUGCUCAUGCAUGACCAUCCAGUCAAAAAGAAGUUUAGGAUAAGGCGUAAAAAAAAGGGCCCUGAUGCUUCGUGUGAAGAAACCAGGAAGGGAGAAGUAUGUAAUGAUUUGAAACUGGAUACCCCUGUCUGUUCUUUGGAGAAGACUUCCUUGAGCAAUCCAGAUAUUGUGUCUGUAUCUGAUAUUCCAGCUGAUGUGAAGAUGAGUGCUUCCAAUAAUAAUGAUUUGCAAAAUGUCCUCAUGGAUGAAGAUCCAGUGAUAAAGCAGGUAAAGAAGAAGAAUAAAAAAAAGCAGGCAAAGAAGAAUAAAAGAAAGCGCUCUGAAAUGGAAACAAGUGCAUCUUGUGAAGAACCAAUGAAAGAAGAGGCAGCUGAUUCCUCAAAACAGGGGAUUCAAAUCAGUUCUCUGCUAGAUACUUCUUUGAGUGAUGCAAAUACCUUGUCUUUAUCUGGAGUUCCAGUUGAAAUGGAGACAAGUGCUUCCAAAAAUAAUGAUUUGGAGGAUGUACUUAUGCGUGACCAGCCAGUUCAAAAGAAAGUAAAGAAGAAGCGUAAAAAGAAGAGACCUGCUGCAUCUUGUGAAGAAACCAUGGAGGUAGAGGUAACUGAUGUCUCAAAAUUGGGGACUCCUAUCUGUUCUGUGGUAGAGACUUCUAUUAGCAAUCCAAAUAUUGUGUCUGUAUCUGGUGAUCCAGUUGAUUUGAAGUUGAGCACUUCUAAUAAUAAUGAUUUGGAGAAUGUGCUCAUAGAUGGCCAAUUAAAAAAGAAGGUGAAGAAGAAAAAAAAGAAGCGUUCUAAAUCCGCAACUAUUGAAGAACCCUUGGAAGGAGAUGUAGCUGAUUCCUCUACACAAGUGAUGCCAAUCAGUUCUUUGGUAGAGACUUCUUUGAGUAUCCCAAAUAUCAUGUCUGGAUCUGGUGUUCCAGUCGAUAAGAUUAGUGCUUCAAAAAAUAACCAUUUAGAAAAUGUGCCUAUGUGUGACAAUCCUGUGAAACAGCAAGCUUUGCCAUUGUCAUUAAAAGGAGUUGUGCCAAAUUCUAGAAGAAAGCUUCUUGUCCUUGAUGUGAAUGGGAUAUUGGUUGACAUAGUCGUGGGUUAUAGUCAUCGAUAUAAGCCGGAUACAAGGGUGGCAACGAAAGCAGUCUUCAAACGUCCUUUCUGCGAUGAAUUUCUGCAGUUCUGCUUUGAUAGAUUUGAUGUGGGCAUUUGGUCAUCAAGAACUAGGCAGAACUUGAAGAAGGUGGUAGACUUUCUCUUGGAGGAUUCCAAGGAUAGGUUAAGAUUCUGUUGGGAUCAAUCCCAUUGUACUGCUACAGAAUACAAAACCCUUGAAAACAGGGAGAAGCCCCUUGUUCUAAAGGAACUUAAGUACCUGUGGUGGGACACCAAGGGGUCACGCCUUCCUUGGGAUGCUGGAUAUUAUAAUGAAACAAAUACAGUAUUGUUGGAUGAUUCACCAUACAAAGCUUUACGGAAUCCUCCCAAUACAGCCAUAUUUCCGCGUCCAUACAGUUACAAGAAUGCUGGUGAUCAUUCACUAGGGCCUGGUGGUGAUCUUCGUAAUUAUCUUGAAAGACUGGCAGAGGCUGAGAAUGUCCAGAAAUUCAUCCAGGAAAAUCCAUUUGGUCAAAGGCCCAUCUCCAUUGCAAGCAGGUCUUGGAACUUUUAUUCUAAAAUUGUUGGUAACUACGGAAGGCAAGAAGAAUAUUCAAAUAUUGCCCCCGUCUCAUAGCACUGUUUUGGUAGUAACAUUCUGCUAAAAGCUGGUUGAAUUUUCGUAAGAUGUUUGGCGCCUAUUAGGUUAUAUCUGCCAGUGCUGGCUGUAUACUUCAGGGGUUGACAGACUUUAGUUUGUCGUUUGUUUGUCGCUGUGAGUUUGUUGAGCAUGUACCCUUAAAGGCCUCACUCACAUCCGAGCAGUGCUAUGACUGCCUAUUCUCGAUGGUGGCCCUCAUUUUUGUACUUUAGGUUUUAUUUAGUUUUGUGACAGAAAUGUACAACUUACAAGUAAAUCAUAGAUGAUAGGCUUAUAAUUUAUUCUUUUAACUGGAUCGUGAUAAAAAGCUGUAAUUCAAUGUCAAGACGUGUAAUGCUGUUGAGCCUCUUAUUAAGAGAGUUGCCAAGGAGUUGAACCGAACCUGUAGCCAUGUUUUCAAUGCGGCUGAUUUUUUUUUUUUUUUUCUCCCUAUGUACUAAUAUAAUGAUCUUACAGUUUGUACCUUCUUUUAUAGUA